AAGACUUACGAAGAAGAAUUUUGAUCUAGAAAAGUUAGAUAUCCCCAAAGAGAAAAACAGAUGUGAACAAACUGAGAUUCCAACUGUGGCUAUGGAAAAUCAGAUACUGCUUGGUGGAAUUUCAAGUACAGAAGAUGGAUUUAUCACUGAAAUAUUUAGUCAAAAUAGGCCAUUUAGUUCUGAAAACCUUAACUUUGAAAAUACAGUAAUUAAUAAACCUGGUGAAGAAGGAUUUCACUCCAGUCAAGACAGUCAUUUAUGCGCUAUGGCUGUUGGAGAAACUUUGCUGGAUCAAUUCAAAUACCCUCUUACUAUUGAAAGUCAAAAUACAAUACUCAAGGUCAAAAUACAGCCACUUGUAGAAGACAAUCAUGAUAAUGGAAUCCUUGGAAAAUGUCAGAAGCUACAAGACCUAAAUCCUUCAGAAGAAGCUAAACAUACAUAUCCACCUCAUCCACUGUCGCACUCAUACAAUGUCCAUUUUCUGUCUUCCUUAAUGAUGCACCAUAGAAAUUCUAAUGAUUUGUCACUAAGUACCUGCCCUCCAGAAGGAACAAUCAAUCAAAAUGUCAGAAUGAUACCAGUAUUCAGACCGCUACUAGAUCCAGUUACUGGUGGGAAUAAUUGUAUUUGUUAUGACCAAUUCAAAGGAAUGCUUAAUAGUUGUGUACAGUCACAAGCCUUGCCAGAAAGCGCUGAUGAACCUUUCAGUGAGGUCAGCACUUUACCUCAGACUACUGCUCCUGUCUGUGAUGAACUUGCGGAAGUAAGAGAGGCAAUUGUUAGUAAUAUGGCUAAUAACCAAAAGGAAGCAGUUUUUGAGAAUUCAAAUGCAGGAGAAACCAGCUGCAAGUUACUGACUACACAAAACGUAAUGGAGGACCCCAGCUGUUCACACAGAAAAGAUUCCAAUCCAGUGGUGAUCUGCCAGUUGAAAGGAGGUAGUCAAAUAUUCUGUAUAAACAAUUCUGGCACAAGAGAACUAAAAACAGUUCAUCUGGUUCCCCAGUAUCAAAACCAACAUAAUUAUCUUCAGUCAGAUGUGCCUAACCCUAUGACAACUCUGUUGGGACAAUUUUUACCAAUUCCAGGUAAAGUGGAUCUCAAUGAACAACAGCUUGAGAAUGGAUCCUUACAAUCAGUAGCUAGCAGUGCCACAUUCCAAUCAGAAGUAAAUCUUCAAGGGCCAACAAAAAUGACUUUAGUUGGAUUGCCUCUUAGUUCAUGGGAUACAAAGUCUAAAAAACCAUGUAACUGUACCAAAUCUCAGUGUUUGAAAUUAUAUUGCGAUUGCUUUGCCAAUGGUGAUUUUUGCAGCAACUGCAACUGUAAUAAUUGUUACAACAAUCCACUUCAUGAAACUGAGCGGUUUAAAGCUAUUAAGGCUUGUCUUGACAGAAACCCAGAAGCUUUCCUACCAAAGAUUGGGAAAGGGAAACUGGGGGAUAUUAAACCUCGCCACAACAAAGGAUGUAAUUGCAAGCGCUCAGGAUGCCUUAAGAAUUAUUGUGAGUGCUUUGAGGCGAAAAUUAUGUGUUCCUCUAUUUGCAAAUGCAUUGGUUGCAAAAAUUAUGAAGAAAGCCCAGAUCGAAAAACACUAAUGAACAUGCCAAACUACACAGAGAUUAGAAAUAAUGAAGGAAACAUCCUUGUUUCAACAUCUACAUUUGAAAUGUUAUCAAAAUCUAGACGAGACAGGCACCCUACUACAUGUAUAUCCUGGGAAGUGGUUGAAGCAACGUGUGCUUGUCUCCUGGCACAAGCUGAAGAGGCAGAAAAAGAAGCUUACUCUCUUUGUCUAGCAGAACAAAUGAUCUUGGAAGAGUUUGGGAGAUGUUUAUCACAAAUUCUACAUCCAGAAUUUAAGUCCAAAGGGCUGACAGUUGAGUAAUGUGCAAUGUAUUUGAAAACUAAUGAGUGUUCACUUUAUUGCUCGUCACUGUAUUCUGAGUACUAUUAAUACUCAGUGGGCUGAUUUUGAUCUCACACUGACUUAACUCCAUUGACUUUAACUCAGUUGAUUCUGAAUUAUAGUGGUUUAAGUGAGAUCAGAAUCAGGACCAAAACAUUUAAGAGUCACCUAGAAUAUUUUACUUACGUUAAAGAAUUUUUCCAUAAAACAAUAUCAUUGCUUUGGGCCAAAUUCUGAAGUCUUUACCCAAACAAAACUGCCAUUGAAAUCCAAAUAAUUUACAUGAUUUUGAGGGGAGUUUACCUAAGUGAGGUAUCGAAGUCAAUAAUUUUAGGAUUAAGCCCCAAAAGAGGCCUAUUUUAGGAUUUAGGAUUAGGUCCCUUUUAGUACUAUGAAAGUACUUAUUAAAAUCAGAAGAGUAGAGAGCUACUUUAUAACUUGUAAUAUACAUCUUCUGAUGUUUUCUCUACUUUUCCAGUUUGGGGAAAAAAUUAAAUAUUAAACUCAAGAUUUUUAGAUAUGGCCUUCAUUUUUGCAGUUGCAAUUUUGCUCCCUCAAAUCUGGUAGUUAGAUGUGAAUGAUUGAUAUUUAUAUAUGCAGUUCACUACGGGUGCCCAAAAACACCUGCAGAAAUGGAGAUUAGAUGGAGGCGCAGCUGAAAAUCAGGGCCUCAAAGUUUUCUCUAGACCCUAUCCCCACACCUGCUCUUCCAAUUAUAAUAAGUAGAGCUGCACUACUUUAAAAGGGAUUAAACAUUCACUGCCCAUUUUUGUGGGAGUUUUGUGAAUAUUUGGGUUUGGUCCAUAUAUACUGUACCUGUCAAUAUUCAAUCUACCUGCAGAUAACGGUAUUUUGAAGGUGUUCACAUUUUUGCAUUCUCACUUAGGUCCAUCUUUAUUCACACAAUAAAUAUUUAAUGAAUUUAUUUCCAAGUUUUAUAUGUUAUCACAUAUACUAAUGUUCUAAAAACACUUCCACACUGCUCUAUACUGGAGUUCGAUAUGACAGAGCAGUGUUUUUAUUUCAUUUGUUUUUUUCUAUUUCUCAUAGUAUUCUUCCACUAUGCCCCUGGUCCAGGAAAGCAUUUAAAUACAGGUUUAAAUUUAAUCACCUGGGUAAUCCCAUCACCUUCAACAAGGACUAUUCACAUGAAUAAAAUUAAGCGAGUUAAGUGCUUUGCUAAAUGAAAGCCUAAAUCUUCUUUCCAGGUAUUUCAAAUGUCAUUGUUUUUAUUUAAUAUAACUUUGUUGUGAACCAUAUGUAUAAAAAAGCAAAUAAAACAUAAGAGGUA